GGGUCCUGGAAUAUAAUACUAUUAUUUGCUGCCAUGGUUUUGACCCCAUCCGGCUCAAGCAUUUUUUUGGGUAGUGUCACUUGCGGUGGAACACUCAGGGCCAUGUGCGUGUCCGAGGAGCGCUGGAGCGAACGCAGGACCCAGCGGGCAGCGGAGCUGCCGCUUCCACCGCUCGAUGCUCGACGCUUUAGGUUUGUGCAGAUUCUCGCGCAACAAGAAAGGCACGGUGGACAGAUUGAACUCUAUGAUGAUCUUCAAGAAGAUUGCAAGGUGGUUGGGAAGCGCUUGCUGCGUUCAUGGACCUUGGAUAGUUCGGAGGAAUUCAGUGAGGCCAAUCCUGAGCUUUUGGAGAGUCCCUGGAAGGAAAUGGAGCUCAGUGUGAAAGUGGCUUCGGUGAAGGGUGUUUGCAAGUGCUUGGGAGCCUUUGAAGAUGCCGGACAGG